CCUCCUUAUAUAGACAUGCGUCUACACGCUCAAAUUUGUCUAUGGUCGACUUACUUGUGGCCCGAGGGAAAAGAGGCAGGUGUGAUUAACAAGAUUAUUAAUGUACCACGGAGACUGAACAUGAAAUGGCAGUAAAUUAUGGUCCAGAGAUGCAGUUUAAGUUGUCUUAUCCAGACUCAGGAAGAGUUGGUACAAAGCAUCAAUCUCAGGAAAGGGGCCAGUGGUCAAGUAAAACAGAAUUUCUCUUGGCUGUUGCCGGACAAAUCAUCGGUCUAGGAAAUGUGUGGAGGUUCCCAUACCUGUGCUACAAGAAUGGUGGAGGAGUUUUUUUAAUUCCUUAUGUGGUGUUCCUGUUUGCCUGUGGCAUUCCACUCUUUCUUUUGGAGACAUCAUUGGGUCAAUACACCAGCCAGGGAAGCAUCACUUGCUGGAGGAAGAUCUGUCCUCUCUUUGAAGGACUGGGCUACGGGAAUCAGGUAGUUGUGCUGUAUUCCAGCAUCUACUACAUCAUCAUUCUGGCAUGGGCUUUCUUCUAUCUCUUUUCCUCCUUUAGUGCGGAGCUACCAUGGGCUAGCUGCACUAACAACUGGAACACAGAAACAUGUGUUGAGUUUGACAGUUUGGGCAGUUUUAGCAACUUGAGCAUACUGCAUAAUGCAACUUCACCCGUCAAAGAGUUCUGGGAGAGGAGAGUGCUAAAUAUCACAGGCACUGUGUAUGAGCUGGGUAACAUGAGGUGGGAGCUGGCUUUGUGUCUCCUGUUGGCCUGGAUCAUCUGCUACUUCUGUGUGUGGAAGGGAGUGAAGUCUACCGGCAAGGUCGUCUAUUUCACUGCUACCUUCCCUUAUGUGAUGUUGGUGGUGCUCUUGGUGCGUGGACUCACACUACCUGGAGCUGUAAAUGGCAUCAUUUUCUACCUCUAUCCGGAUCCUACACGCCUCACAGACCCACAGGUGGUGUGGAUGGAUGCUGGAACACAGAUUUUCUACUCUUAUGCCCUCUGCAUUGGAUGCCUCACUGCUAUGGGAAGCUACAACAAGUACAACAAUAAUUGCUACAAAGACUGUGUGUAUCUGUGCCUCUUGAACAGUGGCACCAGCUUUGUGGCUGGCUUUGCCAUCUUCUCUGUGCUGGGCUUCAUGGCCUAUGAACAGAGGACAGACAUAUCAACUGUGGCAGAAUCAGGUCCAGGGUUGGCCUUCAUUGCAUACCCCAAAGCAGUUGCAAUGAUGCCUAUUCCCCAACUAUGGGCCAUAUGUUUCUUCCUUAUGAUCAUUCUACUUGGCCUGGACAGUGAGUUUGUGUGUUUGGAGUCAAUGGUAACGGCCAUAACUGACAUGUACCCCUCCUUUUUCCUCAUGGGUCACCGCCGCAAGCUCUUCCUGUUACUGAUCUGUGCUGGGAGCUUCUUCAUUGGCCUGCUGAUGGUAACAGAGGGUGGCUUGUAUAUCUUCCAGUUGUUUGAUUACUAUGCUUGCAGUGGGAUGACCCUUCUACUUUUUGCCAUUCUACAGUCAGUGUGUGUAGGGUGGGUGUAUGGUUCUCAUCGUCUUUAUGACAAUAUUGUGGACAUGAUUGGGUAUCGGCCCUUGACCAUAACACAGUACUGCUGGAAGUACAUUACACCUGUGGUCUGCACAGCUACAUUUGUCUUCUCGCUGGUCAAAUUCACUCCUCUGAAGUUUAACAAUACAUUUGAAUAUCCCUGGUGGGGCUAUGCUAUUGGUUGGUGGUUCACCCUGUCUUCAACUCUGUUGGUUCCUCUUUGGAUGAUCUACGCCCUCCUCAACUCUAGUGGUUCACUCAAACAGAGAUUACAUGUUCUGUGUACCCCAUCAACUGACCUUCCUUUGACCUCAAGACAAAGGGAAAUGCUGUGAAACUAAAAACUGCAGAGGCGAUACUUCUAUAAACAUAAGCAAGGACAUCCUAGAAGCACAUAGGAUAACGGUUAUGUAAACCACAGAUCCCAAAAAGCACACAUUCAGAUUAGCUUUCCCUCAACUCCGUGUUGUGGUAGUGCAGCAUGACGCAACCAUCAGGUGAUAUUAUUGAUGAUGGAAAGUGUGCUGCUCUAAGUAUUAAAUGAUUAAUCUUACCAUAGAAUGUGGUACAAAAACACUGUUAAAAAUGUAGAUUAUAUUUCAAGCUACUUGUUGCUGUUCCCAUAGUAGCAAAAUGGUAGCAAAGGGUACUGUAAUUCAUGCAUGUUUUUGUUUUGGUUUGGUUUGGUUUUUUGGGGGGGGGUGUUGGGGGUGUUUGUUUUUGCUGGACCACCUAGGGAACCUGCAUUUUUGUUCCCUUUAUUCAAACAUGCACAAUAAAUCUAGCUAACUACAUUUAAGUUUAGCUAGCAUUAGCUAGCAAGUAGUGAGUGACACCAGGGAUAUUUGGAGAUACACAUGCAUCUGCUAACCCACCUCUAGGUCAUUUUGCAGAAAGAAGAGCUAAGGUUAUGCCAUUUCAUGUGGUAUGUGUCCUUACUUGAAAUAUUGUUGCAAUAAAUAAAGUUGAAUGAAGGGUUGCAAUGAUUUAUUGAGGCAUGAAUGCAUUUGUAAUUAUAAAUACCCUCAGCAUACACUUUGUAACUACAUGUAUGCAUUUUCUGCCCUUAGCCAGUGUUGUCUCCUUGGUGACUUUCUUGCUGGAUUUAGUGACUUUUCAGAGCCACUUGAUGACAAAAAAGCACCUAGUGCCAAAUCUAAUUGACUUUUGGGCCAUACCUUAGCAGAGCAACACAUUCAGUCUACACAGCAUCUGCAUAGAUGUGAAUGAAUUUGCAAACAUUGAUGCAAAGGACCAAUCACUAAUCUGUAUUUUUCGCUCAUUGUUUUACUAUAAACAAUUUUAAUUUGAUCAUUUUGACCAUUCUGUGUACUGUGAGGAAAAAUGAGAUUCCUCUGCUUUUAGCUUUCUCUCUAAGUAAUUCUUUAUGGCCAAAAUUACAGUAGAGCCAUUGUCCUUUUUAAAUUAUUUGUAUGGUGAUUUAACAUUUUUAUAAUCAUGAAAUUUGACAAAGUUUAAAAUAAAUAAAUAAAUAAAUAAAUAAAAUGGCGGUACAGAGCAGAUACUAAGAAAUGGCUUGGAAGUGACUGCUGAUUAACAUGAAGUGUUAAUGGUCUGCAUUUCAGUCAUACAUUACAAUUGUUAUGUUUUUUACUUCAUUAGCUAUCUAUAUGACUAAGCGGGUGUUCUACACUUAGCUUGCUAGGUAGCCAGGUAUCUAGUCAUAUUUUAUUCUAUUAGCAAGCCAAUAUUUUACCUACUUACCUUCAGAAAUGUAACAUUGGGGUAUUUAUAUAUGGGUGACUUGCUACCUCCCCAUUGCUGAAAUGCGCAUAAAUAAGAGAAUGGCCAGAUGAUGGUUUUGAUCUGGACAGUCUGGUUUUCCAGACCGAUGACCUCCUUUUGGGGGUCUGAUGUCCUUCUUUUAGGGAUAAUUAACAUUCCAUCCUAAUACAAGAUCCAAGGGACUGAAUGUUUAACAUUGUUAGCUGUGGCUAUAACUAACAACUGCAGGGAGUACAAAGUGGACUAAUUCCUGCACACUUUGUAGCAGGUUGGCUAUCAAGAUGGCAGGGCUCUGUUAACUGUGGCAUGUUUUUCUGAAAGUAAAACACUUUUUAAUUGUUUCCUUCUGUGAUUUCCAAGCAUUUCAGAUGUUGUGUUUUGACACUUGUAAGAAAGAUACUGGGUGGGAAUUGGUGGUCCAGCAAAUCAAAGCUUGCCUAGUUGUUCUUUUUUUUAACUUCAUGCAUGAUGGGCUAAUAACCUUCCACUGACUAACACAUGGAUGUACACUGCUGACUUUUGCUCCUGGUCAAAAGUCUGAUGCUGGGUUUAGAGAGAAAUUUUCAUCUGAGCAUGGAAACAGGUUGAGGAUUAGUAAAAUAAGCUUAAACAAAUUAGUGUAAUACACAAGGAUAUGGGCUGUAUUUCAGAGAAGAAAGAAGAGGAAGUGUGCCAUUUAUAUCUGAAAACACAAUUUUACUUACAACAGCCAGUAACUGCAACUUUGUUAAAAUGUUACAGCAAUGUUGUAUGUUAUAUUCACUCUGAUUUUGCCUUUGGGUCUUACUGAAAAAUACUAUUUACAGUAGCAAGAAAUGGUGAGUUUACCUGAAAUAAAUCAUUCAACUUUGUCACUGAAGGUGGCAGUGGCAGUGGUAGUAUUAGUAGUAUUAGUAAUAAUAGUAGUAGUAGUAGUAGUAGUGAUGGUGAUGAAUUAAAAUUUUUGUUAUUUAAUAGUUCUUAAAAAAAAAAUACCAGUAUCCAUUGAAGAAGUUUAAGGUGUAAACCCUCAUUCUGUUGUCAGUAUUGUAGCAGCAACAUUCUGAACUUUUAUUUAACAGAAAGUUCUUGGGUAGGAUCAGAUAUGAGAGCCUUAUAAUCUCACGUAACCAACACAAAAGUAAGUACAAGGUUCUUACUGUCAACAGUGAAGAGAAUGUCUGUCUUGCACCUCAGAGAUAUGGAGUUGAUGGUUGUUUUACAGACAUUUGUGAUGUUAUUAAAUCUAUAUACAUUUGACAUAGUUUUUGGCCUUCAGAGACAAGGAAUAUAAAUGUCUUGUGUUUGUUUUUUCUGUUUAUUUUUCAGUAACAAUCUGUUUAAUUGCAGAAAAUUCAGACAUUGAGAAGGGAAUUUUCUCUGUGCAGUCAAACUGUCAGUGCUCAAGAUGUAUGUGGCCUCUGCAGUAUGAUGGAAGAAAAUGUUAUAGUGGGAGUUUACACAGGUUUAAUAAUGAAGGACCCAGAAUUGAGAACUGGAUGCUGCAUGACUUUUGGAAACACAAGUUCGCAGUGCAACAGUAUUCAUAGCCAAAACUUGUUCUCUAGCUGAUCAAAUAAAAUUACAUAUUCAACUGUUUCAUGGUCACUGAGAAUUUAGGUGGACUAGCCUACUUUCUCAAUUAUUUUGCCAAGAAAUGGAAAGUGGAAGGCUGAGUCUGUAGGUUCUAAGAACAUGGAGGUCAAGAAUGAUUGAGUGAUUUUUAACAAAGGCCAAUAACAGCUGCUUAUAAAUAAGAUAAGAUAAUAUUGUAGUGAUUUGUUAAAAGACGUAUUCCUCAAUUUUACGAGACCUUCAGCUAUUGAAUGACCUGAAUAUAUUCAACAUAUUGGCCUUAAAUAGAAUCAAGAAAAUAGAUUUAGAGAUUAAAGGUUUAUGAUGGCAGAGAUUAAAAGGAUCAGAAAAGUGACAUUACGGGAUGUAUAAGUGAAUGUGUCGGGGUUUUUUUUGUUUGUUUGGUUUUUUUUGUUUGUUUUUUUUAUAUGGCUCUGACAUGGCUUUCCUUUAAUUGUGUGAAAAUCAUGCAAGAGACCCAAAGUGUCCUUUGUAAUCAUUAGUAAAUUAAAUCAUAAGUAACAGUGGAUUCACUUAAAGUAAAAUUAGCCAUUAGUUGUAUUUAGGCUAACUAGAUUAUAAUUCAGUUUUAAAAGAACUUGUGUACUCUCUUCUGAAGUUUGUCAUGUUGGCAUUAUUUAUUUAGGAUGAAGGGGUAUUUUUCACAAAAUGAGUUAAGUUUCAAAAUGCACGACUACAGGACCCUGCUGGUCCAACUCAUCUCCAACCAUGACCCUGUCAACACUACAAACUGUUGUAAUAAUUUGUUGUUGCUCUUUCUGGUUCAUCCACAAAUAUCUACUCCAUUUGGACUUUUUUGACAUACUCCAUUUUCUUUAGGUUUAUCUCCACUAGGUGCACCUAAAAUGUAUUCUACAUGCACACACAGUUUGCUGACACAUGAGCCAGUUUAGACCAAAUCUGUUGGUCUCUUAGUCUGUAAUAUAACUAUUACAGACUAAGAUAUAAGAAUAUAAGAGUGCUGUUUUAGGGAAUGCCUUUGGAAAUUUCUGUCUCUAUUUUUGUAUUGUAUGUCUAUUCUGUGUCAUUAGAUUUAACACAGUUUUGUUAACUAUGCUGAUAUUGUGGACAUAAUAUGGCUAUGGCAUUGGAUAAUUACUGGAACUUUUUUUUCUAUUCUUUAAUAAACUGAAAUAAGCUUC